UAUGUUAACUUCCCCUUCGUGCAAUCUGAAGCGUGGGACAGCAAUGCUUUCGCUUACCGGCAUCGCUUUAAGCUGUUUAAAGCAAAAAUUAUCAAAGCAAGGAACACUGUUUUGUAUACUAUGCAUAGCAUCAUUAAUUGGUCAAACUUUUGGAGCCGCUGAAGUGGUAUGGGCGGUCAACUGUGGAGGACAAGCGCACACCGACGUACACGGCAUCCGUUACCAGGCUGACUCGCUGCAAAUUGGUUACGCUUCGGAUUACGGUAAAAGCCUUACGAUCCAAAGAGUUGUACCGCAAGAUCAAAUACUUUAUCAAACCGAGCGAUAUCAUCGAUCAACAUUUGGUUAUGAUAUACCAGUGACAAAAGAUGGUGAUUAUGUUUUAGUGCUGAAAUUCAGUGAAGUCUGGUUUACUUCUUCCUCACAGAAGGUUUUUGAUGUUAUAUUAAAUGGAGAACAUACAAUAGUAAAUGAACUUGAUAUAUAUGCUAAAGUUGGGCGUGGUGUUGCUCACGAUGAAAUCAUUCCGUUCUCAAUUAAAAAUGGAAAAUUAAGAGUUAAUGGUGAAACAUCUCAAAUAGAUGGAAAAAUAUCAGUAGAAUUUUUAAAAGGAGAUUUGGAUAAUCCUAAAGUAAAUGCUAUAUAUGUUAUUAAAGGAAUAGUAGAAGAUGUUCCAAAAUUAGCACCAUUACCAGGUGGGGACAAUUUACGGGAAGAGACAGAUGAUGAAGAGGAGGAAGAAAUAGAUAAUGCUAAACCAUCCAAAUCUCGACGACCAUCGGGUCCUAAAGCUAAAGAUCCCUACGCCACUGAUGAUACUAGUACAAUGUUGUUACCAGUCUUUAUGGCUAUAGGUGCCUUUAUUCCAUUACUAUUCUGUUUGUGUAAAUUGUAGGAUAAAUGAAUCUUGUUAUUUAUACUGGUUAUCUAAUUAUUAGGCUGCUAAAAAAUUAUUCUUUGUUUCCAGACACAGGAUUUAAAAUAAAUCGGAGAUCUCUUUCCAGGAAGCAAUAAUCUCCAUGACUUUUUGGGGUAAAAAUUUCUUUAAAAAUACCAAAGAGAAAAUGAUGAAAUAAUAUACAGUAUCAGUGAUUUUACUGAAGUAGGUUGUAGCAUUUUUUGGGGGGAAAAAUAGAAAGGUUCUAAUGGUAUUCAGACCUAGAGCUCUUCAAAUACUAUUCCCCUGUAAAUUUUUCUGACAACUCGAUCCCAAGGACUAUUCGUCCCCUAGGAUUAUUCGUCCCCAGAUAAUUCGUCCUCAGACAAUUCGUCCCCGGAUAAUUAGUCCCCUAGGACUAUUCGUCCCUGGAUAAUUUGUCCCCAAAGACAAUUCGUCCCUGGACAAUUUGUUCCCUAGAUCUAUUCGUCCCCUAGGUCUAUUGGUCCCCUUAUUAUGAUCAACAGCUAAUUCUAAAGAAAUUGAAGAAGUUGAAACUAACUGAUGUCAGUUCUACAUUGUUUUAUCAUACACAAUAAUGCAUAUUGAUUAUAAGUCAAGUGCAGUAUUGACAAUGGACAAUACCCAUAGUGAAGGGAUAAAUGGAUUCUCUAACUCACAAAAGGUGUCACUGAUCAUAGCUGAUUACUACAUGCAUAUCAAUUAGCCGAAAAAAUUUCAUGAACCAUAAGUUAAAGCCUAGAUUUACAUGUAAUUCUAAAUGUAAAACUAUGUAAAACUAGCAUCAAAACUGGGAUUUAGGAUAAAAAGUAAAGAUUAAUUCAGUUUUUGAUAAUGGAACUACCAGUAUUGUUGUUCAGGGACAAACUGUCCUAGGGGACAAAUAGUCCGGGAACAAAUUGUCCAUGGGGACGAAUAGCCAUAGGGGGCGAAUAGUCCCAUGGGACUAAUAGUCCUGAUACGAAUUGUACUCAGGGACGAAUUGUCUGGGGCUGAGUUGUCUGGGAACGAAUUGUCUGGCGACGAAUUGUUCUUAUAAAAGAAAAGGCUAUAAAACAUUUUAAGGUGUAGGUACAAAUUUGCUCCAGAUUCGGUCACAGUAAGAUUAGGAGAAUCAUAUAUCACUCAUGUUUUAUUAAUUGUCCAUUUCAUUGUUAUGAAAGAUGCUUACCAGUUUACAAGUUUUAAAAUUUAAUGUCAUCAAAUUAGAUUCUGGAAGGAAGGGGGUGCAGGAGAAGAGACGGUCAUUGAAAUAAAAAAAUAGAAUUCCUUGUAGUUUGGAAACAAAGAAUUCUUCGUUCUGCAGUCUAAACUAAACUUUUUUUUGUUUGCCAUAAUAUUGACAAUCUUGCAUUAAAAAAGAACAGGCUUUUUAAAUUAGUUUUUUUUUUUUUUAUUGAUGAAUUUAAGAGGUGAAAUAUUUUAAUCUUUGGUGUUUUAAAUCAUUGUCUUUGGUCAGAUUUCUAAAAUGAUCUGUGGCCUAUAGAGAAAUGCCAUACAUGUAUUAGUUGCACACAAAUUUCCAGCAUACUUGAACUAGGUUUUAUUGUAUUAUUUAGAUGAAGUUUUGGAAAUCCCGUUUUAUACAUUAACUGCCAUUUCUACAUUUAUUUUCAUUUGUGUUUUCACCUGCACUUAAUAUCUGCAUAAGCUUAUAGAUUAUGAUAAUAAGAUCUAAAAUAGUUUUAUUGUUUUUAAUUGUUGAAAGCCAAAAUUUUAUAGAAGGAAAUUUAAUUGUUGGAUGAUGUGUAAUUUGAAACUGCUGGAAUGGAAGAGUUAUGCCCCUUUGCAAUAAAGAUUUUAUUUGACAAUUUUCUUUGACAGUAAAAGUACUAAUUCUUCUCAAUGUUAGUGCAAGCUUUUUUUUUUUUUAGGAGGGACAUAUAAACUUUGGCCGAGUAAUAAUAACUUAAGCUGAGUAUUGAAAGGGGUUGUCGCUGACAAAUGCCUUUGUUAUUGCAUUAAUACAAGUUACAUAUACACAACUUAGAUAAACUAAUCUUAGGGGAUGCUCGAUUGUCAACCAGGAAUAUCCCGAAUUGUUAGAAUUACAAUCGAGUGAUGCGGAAUUCAGUCCUGUCAUAGUUCUUUUAGCCAACAGAGGUGGUGUGAGUAUCACUGUGACCUAAUUAACCCUAAUGAAUAUAUUUUAGCUGUUGUGGUAGGUUGAGAUAUUUUCUUAAGCAGUCAACACAUGCGUUGUCGUCUGAAAUCCCCCUUUUCAAAAUUGUCAGUAUUUUGGGGAUUUAGAGAAUUCAAUUCCAGGAACAUUCAAUCGAAUAUCCCCCUUAAAAUAUAUGUAUAGAAUAUCAAAGGCUGUCGUUUGUUUUUAAAAGUUUUAUUGUGAUUUACUUGAGUAAAUGUCUUCAUAAUAAAAGUACUUGAUUAAAAAUAAUUUGGCAGCUUAUGAAUUGAAUAACUGAGAAAUAAUAGUAUGUUAUAUAUUUAAUGAUGUAGUUGUGUUUCUGUAGUCGUGUAGAUGUGGUUGCAUUCCUACCAUUAUUAUGUCUUUAAGUUAAAGGAGAAUAAUACCUGUUUCAGUUCUUUUAUAUUUGGUAUUAAAUAGUUCGUUGUUUGUUCAAUUAUCAGUUGUUUGUUCAAUUAUCGCAAAACCCCAAUUCGUCAGACCGACUUAAUACAAAUUUUGGUUAUAAAAAUGCCUAUUGUGGUGUUUUUGAAGUUAGUAUACUUUAGGAAAAAAAUUAGAAAAAAACUGAUUUAGAUGCAGUUCCCCUUUAACUGUAUCGAAAAAAGAUUCAAGUCAUUUUUAACUUGUGCAGUCUUGAAUAGAAAUAAGUUGGGGGGGGGGGGCAGAAAAAUUAGAAUUGUAUUGAAAAGAUGGAUCAUUAUGGGAAGUAACUCUGAUGAAUUUAACCUACAUGCGCCCAACCACAAAAUUGAAUUAUGAGAAAUACAGAAAGUUGUAAAAGCUUUUAACAUUUGUUUUAACAACAUAUCAUUGAUUCAUAUCAUGGUCUAUCUCGAUUUUCAUCAACUUGCAUGCAUUUAACCUUCCAAUUGAUUCAUAUUUUCAUGUUUAUCUUUUUAAACAAUUCAUAACGAGAAUGCCUGAAGAAGAAAAAUUAAGUGAAAGCUUUGAACUUAUUAUGCAUUUAAUUAAGCAUUAAUAUUAUUAUUAUUUGUUUUCAUUCUUGUUAUUUGAAAAUUCAUAUAUUUUGACUUUUACUGAUUAUAUUGUUAAAAAAUUCAAUCCUUUUAGUAAUUUUCAUCUUAAAAUGAAAAGAAAUGUACCCUUAUUAAUAACAUUCCAAUAAGAAAUGUUUGCAGUGAUGAUUAUAGAGACGUCAGUGACAUAGGAGGGGUACUCUUUUGUCAGUCAUGAACUACAAACAAGUGACACAGGUUAAUCUAUUUUGGUUGAUAAAAAUCUUGCCCCCUUUCAACAUGCCACUGGAACCAGAUUGUAGUUUAAAGAAAUGCAGCGAAUUCUUUGCAUUAUCAGUCUUUGAAAAAUAAAAUAUAUUGUUCCAAUAUCAAAUUUUUAUAUAGGUAUUAUUCUGUUUUAAUAUAAGCGGGUGGGAUAUAGUAUUUUGAAUAUGGUAAAAGCUGAUGAGUUUACAAGAGUGGGUUUGAUAUGGUUUAUUUUUUCUUGAGGGUUAAGUUGAGAUAUUCAUUUUGGUAUGUAUUAACUUUAAAUGGAAUAAGGGUUAAAAGAUUUUUAGUGCAUAAAAAUGUCACAUAUGGAUGGAUAUAUAUGUACAUAAUACAGCACUUCAAAUAAAAACAAAGAUGUGUAUUGGGUUAUAAAACUAUCAAAUACUUGUAUGUAAUACAUAACAUUGUUACCAGUAUUCAAAUAGAAACAUGUAUAGUUUUUUUUGUGCCAUCAUGUUAUAAAACUAUUAAAUACUUGUAUGUAAUAUAUAACAUUGUUACCGGUAUUGAAAUGAACACAGGCACACCUCAAAUAGAAAAAAAGAAGAUAUGUAAUGGUUUUUUUGUACCAUCAAUGUUAUAACACUAUUAAAUACUUGUAUGUAAUAUAUACCAUUGUUAUCAGUAUUGAAAUGAUCGUAUGCAUGGCUCUCAGGUUAGGUUAGUACUUGCAAUAUUUUGGCUAAAACUUAAUAGUUUAAAUGCUGUGAAGUUAGAAUUAAUGGAAAUGUGUGCAUUUGCAUUGCCCGGGGGCAAAUAAGAAUGGCAUCCCAUAACCCUUGAACUGUGGUUACCUCCUGGGCACCUUGCACCACUAGUCAUUAUGGAUAAACUUUAUUAUUGAUUCACAAUAUGCAGGAAGACAUAAGUGCUCCAAAUGGAACUUUUUAUGAUCUGGAGCCAUUAGCAUUAAUAAAGUGCAGGCAAUAAUUUCUUUCUUUACCUAAGUGUUGUAAUGUCAUUUUCUGUCUUAGUAGAUUUUGUUUAAAUAGGGCAUCACUAUUAUUUUAUCUUUGUGAAAGAAAAAAGUAAAAUUUGCAACACAGAUAAUGUUUAAUGAGGUUAUUAUAGUGAGAAAAUUAAAUUUAAAUCCACCAGUUAAUACUAUAGCAAAAUAAUAAAAUUGUUGGCAUAUAAACAUAAAAGCACAUUAACAUAAUUAUAGUAAAUGUAAUUACUCAACUUGAAACCUUAUUAAAAUAAGAUAUUUCUUUAGGUAUGGUCUUUCUUCAGACGGUAUGGGGAUGUCAUUGCUAACCUUGUGGGUCCUCUUGUUUCCUCACACUGCUAUAACCCCCAACACACAAGCAAAUAAUUGAAAUAAAAUUAUACCACGUUAAUCUCAAAAUGACCCGGUUUGUGUCAAGUGUACGUUAAAUUGGGUGUGAUUAUUUUCAACCUCCCUAACCGGCCUGAAAAAAGACUUUCCCAUAUCCUUUCCACUUGUAACCAGAAAGAGUUAUGACCAGACUGACUUGUAUCCCGUAAUCAGGAUUACUUAUUUGUUUCAUUCUCAUUGGGUUACAAGCUAGUGUCGAUCUUCACAUAUUAUUAACCACACCUUGUAUAUGUUAUAAUUAAGAUCUUUUUAAAUGUUAUUAUAUUGUUAUUUAUAGUUCGUUAGUUUAAAACAAUGUAAUUAAUUUUCACAGCGAUCAUGUUAUUUUUAUCAACACAAUCUUAACAUAAUAUACCUGAUGCCAAAUUAAACCUAGCUGGCCUUAAAUAUAAAUAUAAUACAACAGAGGCCUUACCUUAAUUAGACUUAAACAUAAAUGUUAAAAUCCUUUCAAGUCGCUGUUAUUUUAAAUCUUAUUUUCUUCAAAACUAAAAUACAGGACAAUCUACAUGUAAAUGAGUAUUUAUUUCACAAAUUUUGAUUCAAAAUAUACCUCUUGUGGCUGGGUUCGAACUAUCUUCAGUUUCUUUUGAAACUAGUCGGUUUACUUUUCGGCUACUAUGGAAGAGACCCCUAUGCGCAAGUGAAUUAUUGAAAUGAAAUUGUACCAUAUGUUGGUCCUUAAAUGACCUAGAUUGUGUUGAAAGGAUGUUAAAACCCCAUUUCCUACCACAUUAAACUGACCUGAUGAUAGACUUGCCCAUUUUGAAAUGCUUCAAAAUUUAAGAUGGCAACGGCAAGAAAUUUAUAGGAUUUUAUAGCUUGUGAUUAAGGCAAUCGAGGCCCCUCUGUCUUCUAUGCUGUUAGCUGUGGCUUUUAGUUUUAAUUAAAUUUUUAAAAAAUAAUUGUAUGGUUAAUUAAAUAUGAUUUUCUUUGAUUGUUUCAACGAUGUUAUAUGAUAUAUAGACUGAAUGGUCUGUAGAAUUGUAUUUUCAUGGUUUUUUUUUAUGAUUAUUUCUCCGGACAUAAUUGUUAUAUAGUGUGAAUUGGAUUUUCUAUUGUUUGUCUGUUGAAUAAAUGUAAUUUUAAAGUUUAUACAA